AUGGCCGCCGUCGCUAAUGACACCACAACACCACCCAUCUCCACCACCACUACUACCACCAGAGCCACGUCGUCAUCAUCAUCAUCAUCUUAUUCUUCUUCUUCAAUGGAUUUCGAGUUGGCCUCCAUCAAACCACCUGUUUAUAAUUACACCUCUCUCCGUGACAUCCUUCCAUCAGCAGGGAUCGUCGUGCAGUCUCCAAGAGGAGUUCCAUGCUAUGCAGCUCAUCACUUGGGUGGUUAUGAAAUAUCGAUACGUAACCGUCUUGUUAAACAGGCGGCAUGGGCUUAUUUACAACCCAUGUCAACCACCCCAGAAUCCGAUGGACCCGCCUUUUUCCACCGGAUUUGGAACCGAUUCUCCGGUACCAUCCUUCGUGUCGUAGCCGUCUUCUUCAAUUGUAUUCUCUGA